GCAUUUUGUUACAAAGGAAAUCGAAGCCAUAAGCAAGCCUACAACUACUCCUCUCGCCUUUCCUCGGUGUCGGCCGAAGUGUUUAAAGCAAGGCAGUCUCUCUGAGGUGUGGAACGGGCUAGCUGCAAUCGAUGAUUGGUCCUAUCAGAUAAGCUACUAAGACGUGCAGUGGCUGUAGUUUGAGUAAUCAGGCAAGCUGAGUGAAGGCAGAAACGAGAGAGUCUGUGUUACACUGUAUACUACAAGAAGGGGAUUAGCUCCGCGGGAUGUGUCACUCAGACUGUAAAACAUAACUCUGCGAUGAGAAGCUACCUUCGCGUGGAUCGACAGCGCUGUUGAUCAAGUGGGUAAGUGGGGACAAGCGUCUUGCUUGUAGAACACAUACAUGAUCACUUGUUCCAUAUCCGACCAUUAACUUUUUCAUCAAUACUAAUUUCUCACUUGUAUUAACCUGAGAGGACAUGUGUCACAAAGUUGUGUGAUUGUUGUUCCUGGGCUAAUGGAUUCUGUGGGAAUCUAAUCAUUGAUUUCUGCUGUAAUGAACUUUCACAACAUGUUCGUUAGGAGUGGCAUAACAGCUUUAGAAGACCUUGGCGUAGUUUUUGUCAUGGUGUCUGGCACGUUUGCAACUUUCAAGUCAUCCUGAUUAUCAUUAAGGAUGCCGUGGGCACACAGUGCGGGCGACUGAUACUUCUACAACUUGUACAACGUGAGGAUUAUCAUUAUGGAUGUGGACUUGGACAUCGUCCGGGUGAGUGUGUCGGUCACUCUGUUGUUUCUGGUGAUCGUGGGGAAUGUGAGGCUCCUUGUGUACUGUCAGCGGACGCUACCCAACAAUAACACCCUCAAGAAUGUCCUACCCGUGCUCUGUGUGUCCUGUUUCCUUGCUGGGGUCAGCGGCUUGUCUGGAGUGCUUAUGUCGGCGUGGAAAGACGGCCCACUACAAGGAACAUUGUCGUGUGAGGUGUUUGCAACGUUUGACCACGUUUUUGCUGGGGGAGCGAACUGGAUGUUGGCUAUCAUUGCCAUGGAAAGAUAUCUUUACGUACGGGCACCAGCCGAACACUCUUCCACGUUCUCCGUCCGCAACCUGAAGAUCCUCGCAGCCGGCUUGUACAUCCUGCAGAUCAUGAUGGCGGUGGGGCCGUUCUAUGGACUGGGGGAAUAUUCUGUAUUCCGGGGAAAACUGUCCUUGUUUGUGACGUUGAACGUCACCUCAGUACCAGCCGGCGACGAUACAUGCACGCUGGAGACGUUGAUGUCGACGUUGCGUGGGACGUACUUCCAGCUGAUGCCAAAACGCGUCCCCGACCCAGUAUUCGUCACGGCUCACUACCUCACAACAGUCCAUCACGUGAUUGUCGCACGAUCUCGUUGGGUUGACGACGGAAUGUUGUUUCUAAUGCGCAUGCCCAACGCAACAGUAUUGGAUGCAUUCUGGGAGGAAUAUACAUCCGGGUCUGUGGGUCAGACGAUCAGUUCAGUUGUGUACUCGAAACCUGUGGUGGACAUCCUUGGUCCAAAUAUUCCGGAAGUAGUUUGUGUGAUGGACCCUAGUGACUAUUCCAUGUUGAGGGAAAGUUAUCUUCCGUCUCAAGAGAUGGGCGUGUGUGCCGGUGACUUCACUUCCGUCAACCAACACAGUGACAUAUGGAUGGCGUACAACGUACUUCUCACUGCACUUCUGCCAUGCGCAAUAGCCCUUUUCUGCUGCAGUGCUAUCUGUGUUAGACAGUUCCGCCUUGGUGUCGAUGCGGUCAAAUCUUCGACCCCGGAUGAUCUAUUCUUCAUUAAAGCGUUGACAGUUGUGUCGUGGCUAUCUUUUGGAACCCAUCUUGCGUUCAUCGUAAUCAAUAUCCUGUUUGCGAGAGGGACUCACUUCACUCCAACAACAUUGCUUAGUAUGACGUAUCUAGUUCAUAUCAACCGCCUGUCUCUGUAUAUCAUCUGGUGCUUAGUGGAUGGAACACCUUUCAUUGCCAUCGGGGGUAUUGGACGAAACAUUCUACGCAUGUGCACUACGGUUAAUGGAGUAUUUAAAUCUGAAAGUAACACAAGUAGAUCUUUUAAUUCUCAGGCUGCUACACCAGUAUCGGUGUGACACAUCCCCCACCCCAUCCCCCACCCCAACCAACCCAAACUCCUCCCCUACUACGACCCCAAGCCACCCUUCUCUUCUCAUGUCACUUGGGCACGGGUUACCACCAGUCAUCAAAGGCGCCGCAACGGUGCCGAGUUGCGUCCCUUGGGCGAGCCAGAAACCUGUGACCUUGGGUUCGAAUCACAGAUUCGCCCUAAUAUUGUUUCAAGGUUUGUCAACACCAUGCCCGUGAUCGUUUGUUUCGCCAAACGUCUGAGACCAGCAUCCUCAUCAAUGUGACACGCCGUGAUUCAACUGAAAUAGUGUCCAAGGCGCCGUUAACUGAAAUAGUGUUCAAGGCGCCGUUAACUGAAAUAGUGUUCAAGGCGCCGUUAACUGAAAUAGUGUUCAAGGCGCCCUGAAAUAGUGUUCAAGACGGCUUUAAACCAAACCAACUCAACCCACAUCAUUUACGUCUUCUCUAAUUUACUUCCCGACACCCAUUACUUUACCACCCCGAAUUCUUUCUCAACCUCCCCGUUCCCUCAGUUGUAGACAUAUUACCAAGAGACUCACAUAUUGUACAUGCUGAUAUAAGACAUGUUUACACACCUUGAUAUAACUAUAUAACUGUGAUCGACGGAGUCUGGCAGGAUGACAACAAUGUUGUCUGUGGAUCGUCAAACGCCACAGUUAAUAACAUUACCGGUGUCAAAUAUAAUCAAGAUCACGAAGCAGUACUGUGAACGCUGAUCGAAAGCUCUGUGAUGCUUGAUUCUUGCUCAACGCUCAAUCAUGAUUGUGGGUUUAUGACGCAGAUUGUGUUUAUUUUCAACGCCUGGAUGGGAUGAGAUUGUAAGUAAUCAUGUAAAGUCUCUCUGAUUUCAUUUACAACCUUCCGAGAACGUGUGUAUGUCAAAUAGAUCGGAUGGCUCAGUUAAGAUAAGGCAGACUGUGCCUAAUGAAAUAACUGUUCCAAGGUUAUUGCGGUCGCAUACAUUUUUACUGACAUAAUUCCCACUCCAGCUGCAAAUCAUUUGUAAUGUAAUAAAAUUUACUUUUUUGUUA